CGGCCUUGUAGACCUUCCUAGAUUUGGUAUUCACUUUAGUUAGCAUUUAGAAUCACCAAUAUGCAGUUUAUGGCAAUAUGCCUAAUGUCAAAUAUUGGCUACAUACUUGGCAUUACAAUUGAGCAACUUAAUAACGAAGCAACAUUUCGGCUAAGGGAACUUGUGGAAAAGUAUAAACUUCAAGCUAUUAGCAAUCCCGAAUUCUCUCAGUGGAUUAGAAAACUUGAGAAAACUAGCUGGUCGAGUAGAAUGCAAGAAAAAAUGAAGGUCCAUGCGGAAUUUAAGAUCUACGACGAACGUCGCCAGCUAUUGGAAGCUAAAAUUGAGAAACGCAUUAGGGCGAUCGAAGACCUCAUUUCCAAUAUUAUUGCAAAAAACCCGAACAAGGCUAACAAGUGUCUUCAGUAUUACCAACGCCAGAAGACAUCUCUUAAAAUGGCCCACAAUUUUUCGAAUUUAACUAAGCAGACAAACCUUACACGUAACUCAAAACCAUGCGAGAAUGCCAAAGUGCUUUCCAGUGAAGUAGAUGAAAGCACUGAAAACCACGAUGAGUAUAGUUAUUACUAGGCUAGUAACUACUAGUAUCUAGAAUCGUGUGAAAUGUUUAUACAACAUCAAUAUAUCGAUUUUCCGAAUUUUUAUUUCAA